AUGCCGUUACACAUUUUUCCAAAACUCUACAACAUUUUCCUCGUGGCUCUGGUAACCACCAUUGCUGGUAUGCUUCAGGGUGGUGACCUUUCUUCUGUCUCUGCCUUCCUUGGACAAGAGCAAUAUCGAAGUUUCUUCAAGUACCCAAACUCCUUAACCCAAGGUGGGAUUACCGCGUCGAUGGCUGGUGGGUCUUUCCUUGGAUCUCUCAUUGCUGGUGGAUUUGGUGACAAGGUGGGCCGUCGCUUGACUAUCCAAACCGGUGCGCUCUUCUGGAUGAUCGGAGCUGCCAUCCAGUGUUCCGCACAAAAUGUGGUUCAAUUGAUCUUUGGGAGAUUAAUCGCCGGGGUUGGGAUUGGGUUUUCUUCAUCCACAUCCGCGAUGUACUGCGCGGAAUGUGCACCAAAGAAAAAUAGAGGUUUGGUCACUGGUCUUUACGGCUUAUCCAUCCUGACGGGUAUGAUGCUCAUGUUCUUUAUCGGUUAUGGCUGCUCGUUUAUUGAAGGCACGGCUUCGUUCAGAACAGCUUGGGGGAUCCAAAUUAUCCCUGGGUUCAUGUUGUUCGUGGGUGUGAUGUUUUUACCUGAAUCCCCAAGAUGGCUCGCCAACCACGAUCAAUGGGAAGAGGCCACUCGGAUUGUCGCCCAAAUCCAUUCCAAGGGUGACUUAAACGACCCUGAGGUUAUCAUCGAAUUAGAAGAGAUGCAAGAAAUGGUCUACAUGGACAAGGAGGGUAAGAACGUCACCUAUCUUGACUUGUUCCGCAAAGAUUCGAUAAACAGAACUUUCGUGGGUAUUUCAGGCCAAAUCUGGCAACAGUUAGGGGGUAUGAACGUCAUGAUGUAUUACAUCGUUUACGUGUUUGCCAUGUCUGGUCAGACGGGUAACAACAACUUGGUUUCCUCAUCCAUCCAGUACGUUAUCGGCGUAGUCAUCACGAUUCCGGGGAUCUUCUUGUACGAUCGUGUCGGGAGACGUACCGUUUUGCUUUGGGGUGCGUUUCUUAUGUGUGUUUUUCUUUUCACGGCGUCUGGCUUGUUGGCGGUGUAUUCUCAUCCGGUGGACCUGGUUGACGGCAACCCAGGUAUCAGAAUCUCUAUCGACCCUGAACAUGCUAAUGCAUCCAAAGCCGUUAUUGCUUGCACCUACUUGUUUGUGGCUUCCUUCUCUCCUACUUGGGGCCCUUGUAUUUGGGUAUAUUGCUCCGAGAUUUUCCCAACCAGACAAAGAGCAAAGGCCAAUGGGCUAUGUGCCUCCUUCAACUGGAUCUUUAACUUUGCCUUGGCGUUGUUCGUACCAACCGCUUUCAAGAAUAUUACGUGGAAGACUUACACUCUCUUUGCCACUUUUUGCGCUACAAUGUUUAUCCAGACCUAUUUCAUGUUCCCAGAAACCAAAGGCAAGACGUUGGAAGAGAUUGAGCAGAUGUGGGCCGAAAAGAUUCCAGCAUGGAGGAGUGCUCUAACGGAAGUCCCUGAUAACAAGACGACUAUUGAGCAUAUCGAAGAGAAAGAUCGAAUGUCUCAGGACUCGCACAGCGUUGUCCAUCAAAGCAUUGCCUAG